AUGCUUAUACCUGCACUUAGGGGAACAAAAGCAUCCUCAAGCACAUCCGUUGAUUUCCGUGCUCGUCACCUCUUGCUUAUAGGGUUCGAGUGA